AUGGAAAAAGGAAUCGUCUAUUCUAAUCGAGUUCUGCUCGGUAACUGGUAUGAAGCCACUAAGCUGGAAGAGCACAAAUUAAAUAAAUUUCUUGAGGAGAUGAAAAAUGGUGAUUUACUACUGGCAAGAUUUCGAACAAUGACAAAAAAUCUUAACCAACCAACAAUAUUGACACAAUCAACAGGAGGUAUCAGUUUUGGUGCACGAGUUACACUGCUUGCACCUUAUGUUUCAGCCACCGAUCCUCCGAUAAAUGACAAGAAGGGUCUUCUGUUAGGUGGUCGAAUCUCUUCGAACGAAAUUGAUUACUUCCAAGACCUAGUUAAUGGAUGUUCAGUAGUAGGUUUUACAGGAUUGGAGCCAGCCAACAGAAACACAUUUGUUAUUUCAAGCUCAGACUAUUGCAAUCGAGAAGGAGAAAUUCUCAAAUAUAACCAAGAGUUUCUUCUUACUUUAGCUUCAUCCCUAAACAAAAAGCCUCUAUUUAUAAGAUACGAUCCAAACCCGAUCCCAGGUUUGUGUGGCUUAUAUCCUCUAUACUUGAGCGAGCAUGCCGUCUCUAAUACACGAUGGCGUAUUUUACCAAUCCAAGGUCCAGAUCUAACAAGAUUUGAACAAGUAGGACAACCUGUUCAGGUUAACUCUGAUAUUGUAAUCAAUCAUUGUUCAACAAAUGUGAAUUUAGGAUUAAAUAUUGGUAGCUGGGCUAUGGACUUCCACGGAAAGCCUCUAUUUAUAAGAUACGAUCCAAACCCGAUCCCAGGUUUGUGUGGCUUAUAUCCUCUAUACUUGAGCGAGCAUGCCGUCUCUAAUACACGAUGGCGUAUUUUACCAAUCCAAGGUCCAGAUCUAACAAGAUUUGAACAAGUAGGACAACCUGUUCAGGUUAACUCUGAUAUUGUAAUCAAUCAUUGUUCAACAAAUGUGAAUUUAGGAUUAAAUAUUGGUAGCUGGGCUAUGGACUUCCACGGAAAGGUAUGUACUCCCCCUGAUGAGAACCUGUUUAGAUGUAUAUGGGAGAGAGUUACCAAAUAA